GCAAGCGGCGGGUCUGCAGUCGGAGACUUGCAGGCAGUGAACGCGGUGCGAACUAACAGGAGGGGGGAAAUUUUUAAAAAGCUAAACGUGGAGCCGCCGCCGGGAGAUCGAGAAGGGGAAUCGAUGCAAGGAGAGCGAUAAAAAAAGAACCCACUUCGGAGCAAACAGCAUUUAAAAAGCUGCGACUCAACUGAAACCUAAAAUAAAACCUGCUCAUGCACCAUGGUUUUUCAAACUCGGCACCCUUCGUGGAUUAUUUUAUGCUACAUCUGGCUGCUCCGUUUUGCACACACCGGGGAGGCGCAGGCUGCAAAGGAAGUACUACUGCUGGAUUCGAAAGCACAACAAACAGAGUUGGAAUGGAUCUCCUCUCCACCAAAUGGGUGGGAAGAAAUUAGUGGUUUGGAUGAGAACUACACCCCGAUACGAACAUACCAGGUGUGCCAGGUCAUGGAGCCCAACCAAAACAACUGGCUGCGGACUAACUGGAUUUCUAAAGGCAACGCACAAAGGAUUUUUGUAGAAUUGAAAUUCACCCUGAGGGAUUGUAACAGUCUUCCUGGAGUACUGGGAACUUGCAAGGAGACCUUUAAUUUGUACUAUUAUGAAACAGACUACGACACUGGCAGGAAUAUAAGAGAAAACCUCUAUGUAAAAAUAGACACCAUUGCUGCAGAUGAAAGUUUUACCCAAGGUGACCUUGGUGAAAGAAAGAUGAAGCUUAACACUGAGGUGAGAGAGAUUGGACCUUUGUCCAAAAAGGGAUUCUAUCUUGCCUUUCAGGAUGUAGGGGCUUGCAUAGCUUUGGUUUCUGUCAAAGUGUACUACAAGAAGUGCUGGUCCAUUAUUGAGAACUUAGCUAUCUUUCCAGAUACAGUGACUGGUUCAGAAUUUUCCUCUUUAGUCGAGGUUCGAGGGACAUGUGUCAGCAGUGCGGAGGAAGAGGCGGAAAACCCCCCCAGGAUGCACUGCAGUGCAGAAGGAGAAUGGUUAGUGCCCAUUGGAAAGUGUAUCUGCAAAGCAGGCUACCAGCAGAAAGGGGACACUUGUGAACCCUGUGGCCGGGGAUUCUACAAAUCUUCCUCUCAAGAUCUUCAGUGCUCUCGAUGUCCGACUCACAGUUUUUCUGAUAAAGAAGGCUCUUCAAGGUGUGAAUGUGAGGACGGAUAUUAUAGGGCUCCAUCUGACCCACCAUAUGUUGCGUGCACAAGGCCCCCGUCUGCACCACAGAACCUCAUUUUCAACAUCAACCAAACCACAGUCAGUUUGGAGUGGAGCCCCCCUGCGGACAACGGGGGAAGAAACGACGUGACCUACAGGGUGCUGUGCAAGCGGUGCAGCUGGGAGCAGGGCGAGUGUGUCCCCUGUGGGAGUAACAUUGGAUACAUGCCCCAGCAGACCGGCUUAGAGGACAACUAUGUCACCGUCAUGGACCUGCUGGCCCACGCCAACUACACUUUUGAAGUUGAAGCUGUCAAUGGAGUUUCUGACUUAAGCCGAUCCCAGAGGCUCUUUGCAGCCGUCAGCAUCACCACUGGUCAAGCAGCUCCCUCGCAAGUGAGCGGAGUAAUGAAGGAGCGAGUGCUACAGCGGAGCGUGGAGCUUUCCUGGCAGGAGCCGGAGCAUCCCAAUGGAGUCAUCACGGAGUAUGAAAUCAAGUAUUACGAGAAAGAUCAAAGGGAACGUACCUACUCGACAGUGAAAACAAAGUCCACUUCAGCCUCCAUUAAUAACCUGAAGCCAGGAACAGUGUAUGUUUUCCAGAUUCGGGCUUUUACUGCUGCUGGUUAUGGAAACUACAGUCCCAGACUUGAUGUUGCUACGCUGGAGGAAGCUACAGCUACAGCCGUGUCCAGUGAACAGAAUCCUGUUAUUAUUAUUGCGGUGGUUGCAGUUGCAGGGACCAUCAUUCUGGUGUUCAUGGUCUUUGGCUUCAUCAUUGGAAGAAGGCACUGUGGUUACAGCAAAGCUGACCAAGAAGGGGAUGAAGAGCUUUACUUUCAUUUUAAAUUUCCAGGCACCAAAACCUACAUUGACCCUGAAACCUAUGAGGACCCAAAUAGAGCUGUCCAUCAAUUCGCCAAGGAGCUAGAUGCCUCCUGUAUUAAAAUUGAGCGUGUGAUUGGUGCAGGAGAAUUUGGAGAAGUCUGCAGUGGCCGUUUGAAACUUCCAGGGAAAAGAGAUGUUCCAGUGGCCAUCAAAACCCUGAAAGUCGGUUAUACAGAGAAACAGAGGAGAGACUUUUUAUGUGAAGCAAGCAUCAUGGGGCAGUUUGACCACCCAAAUGUUGUCCAUUUGGAAGGCGUCGUUACGAGAGGGAAACCAGUCAUGAUUGUAAUAGAAUUCAUGGAAAACGGAGCCCUAGAUGCAUUUCUCAGGAAACAUGACGGGCAAUUUACAGUCAUUCAGUUAGUGGGAAUGCUGAGAGGAAUUGCUGCUGGAAUGAGAUACUUGGCCGAUAUGGGAUAUGUUCACAGGGACCUCGCGGCUCGCAAUAUUCUUGUCAACAGCAAUCUUGUUUGUAAAGUGUCAGAUUUUGGCCUUUCCCGGGUUAUAGAGGACGAUCCAGAAGCUGUCUAUACAACGACUGGUGGGAAAAUUCCAGUAAGGUGGACAGCACCUGAAGCCAUCCAAUACCGAAAAUUCACAUCAGCCAGCGAUGUAUGGAGCUAUGGAAUAGUCAUGUGGGAAGUUAUGUCUUAUGGAGAAAGACCUUACUGGGACAUGUCAAAUCAAGAUGUUAUAAAAGCAAUAGAAGAAGGCUAUCGCUUACCUGCGCCCAUGGACUGCCCGGCUGGUCUUCACCAGCUGAUGCUGGAUUGUUGGCAAAAGGAACGCUCCGAAAGGCCAAAGUUUGAACAGAUAGUUGGAAUUCUAGACAAAAUGAUUCGAAACCCAAAUAGUCUGAAAACACCCUUGGGAACCUGUAGUAGGCCAAUAAGCCCUCUUCUGGAUCAAAACACUCCUGACUUCACUGCCUUUUGUUCAGUUGGAGAAUGGCUACAAGCUAUUAAAAUGGAAAGAUAUAAAGAUAACUUCACAGCAGCCGGCUACAACUCCCUUGAGUCAGUUGCCAGAAUGACUAUUGAGGAUGUGAUGAGUUUAGGGAUCACACUGGUUGGCCAUCAAAAGAAAAUCAUGAGCAGCAUUCAGACUAUGAGAGCACAAAUGCUCCAUUUACAUGGAACUGGCAUCCAAGUGUGAUAAGCAUUUCUCCCUUAUGAGGGAGAUUUGGGACCGUGAGAGAACAGUACUGGCCUUCAGUCAUGCAUAGAAUGCUGCUAGAAGACAGUUGAUGUCCUGGGUCCUUCCUACAGUGAAGAGAAGAUUUAAGAAGCACCUACAGACUUGAACUCCUAAGUGCCACCAGAAUAUAUAAAAAGGGAAUUUAGGAUCCACCACUGGUGGCCAGGAAAACAGCAGUGACAAUAAACAAAGUACUACCUGAAAAACAUCCAAACACCUUGAGCUCUCUAACCUCCUUUUUAUCUUAUAGACUUUUUAACAUGUACAUAAAGAAUUUAAGAAAGAAUAUAUUUGUCAAAUAAAAUCAUGAUCUUAUUGUUAAAAAUCAAUGAAAUAUUUUCCUUAAAUAUGUGAUUUCAGACUAUUCCUUUUUAAAAUCAUCUGUUUAUUCUCCAUAAGGACUUUGUUUUAGAAAGUUGUUUAUAGCUUUGGACCUUUUUAGUGUUACUCUAUGACACAUUACUACACUGGGUACUUUUGAAAGAAUCUCAAAUUAAAAAAAAAAACACACAAAACACAGCAUGAUCGAAGAUAUCUCUGUCAGAACAUCGGUAUCCUUUUUGUGCCACGUUUUAUUUUGUUUAAUCAGUGCUGUUUUGAUGGUGUUUGCUAAUUGGCAGGUAGUCAAGAAAAUGCAAGUUGCCAAGAGCGCUGAUAUUUUUUAAAAAGAAAUUUUUUUGUAAAGAGCAGACAACACUAUCUUUUCAAUGAAAAAAGCAAUAAUGAUCCAUAAAUACUAUAAGGCACUUUUAACUGACUGUUUAUAGAGUGAUUUUACUAGACAGAAUUUACUAAAAAAAAACAAAAUUCAAAUUGUAGGUUUUUGACCUAAAAAUAAUAUGAGGCACUUCAUCUGAAGAACAUUGGUGAAGGCAAGCCUCUGAGAGCAAGAACUAUCCAGUGUUAUCUAAAUUUAGUGUGAGCACAUCAAGAUUUUUUUCAAUAUCCUGACAUUAGGAAAUUUAGGAGAAAUAGUUGGCAUAUAUUUUAUAUCCUGUUCUGUUUAAUGCAGUCCAAACACAAAAGGAAAGAAUUAGGUUUUAUUUUAGAACUCUGAAGCAUGAUACAAGGGGCAGUUCACAAUUUUCACCUUUCAAAACACAUUUGCUGCACAGGAUAUCACCAAUGCAGUUAAAGGAAAAAAAAAAGUUUUAUUUGUGAACGCUGAUAUGAGAAACUUAAGUGAAAGAAAGAACACUUUUUACCAUGGAAGAAAGAGGUGAAGGAUCUGACUUUCUUUAAGCUUUAUUUAUUAUUCUAUAUUAUUUGAUUCCAUGUUAGAAUUUCACAAGCAAUAAUUAAAUGUGUCUUUAUAGCUAUUUCAGGAAUGUAUACAUAUUGUGAGGACUGCUUUCAAAAGUUAUGAAAAUCAUGAACUAUCCCAGAAUUGAACUGUUGUACUUCCAAAGAGAAUUGGGCUGUUUAUAAUGAUUUUAGUAGAGAAAGAUCCCAGGGAUCGGUCAUAAUUGGUCUUGUUUGGUAAUGUGGGCAUCCACAAGCAAACAAAUAACAGAAGCAAAAUCUGUAAAUGUUCCUUUGUAAAGCUUGUAAAUUUUAUUUAUACUGUCUUGUUUUGUACACACAUUUCUCUGUAGUGGGCUCUGAAUACAUUGAAAAUGCACUAUA